AAGAAGAAGAAGAAGAGGAGGACGGAAGUGACGGGCUUGUGGGGGUCACGUCAGCUUAUUUUACCUUAUUUUGACCCCUUUCCUGACCUCUUGACCCCUUCCCUGACCCCCAGCCGCUGCAGGGGGGUCACGCAGCAGGGACGCCGCGCUGUGGAGGCUGUGCAGGCCGCGGGAAGCUGGAAAAAGACGAGAAAGAAGAAGGAUUUCCUGGCCUAAGGUGUGGCUGGCUGGGUGGCCGCCACAGUCCCAGUGGUCCUGGUGGCAGCCUUGGAAGCCCGGAGUCUCUGGGCGGAGCUUCUCCCUGUACAACGUUUCGCUAACCUUCGUGACCCCUGGACGGGACACAGGCAGUGGGGCGGGGCGGUAACACGUUGGCGGACGCCACGACCUCGGAGACAGCUGUGGUGCUCUCCUCCCCUGGGACUCUGGCCUGCGUGAAGGCUGCCACACUCACCGCCUCCUCGUGUUGCAGGUUCCGGGGCCAAGAUUGCACACCACGCCCCCCCGCAGGAGCCCUUAGUGGUGCUGUCCAACGUGUCGCUUCCCACCCCGCCUCACCUGCUCCUUCGGGACUCCAGGCCGCCCUUCCUCAACCCCUUCGGCAACCUUUACUCCCCGUGGUUCCCGAGCGGCACACUGGCGCACCACGUGCCCGACCACGUGACCAUGGAGGUGGUGCUGCCUCCUGGGAACAUCGUCAGCUGGGAGCAGUCUCCGCCGCCCCAGCCGCCACAGCCCCAGCCCCAGCCCCAGCCUCAACCACAUCAACAACAACAGCCCCAGUCACAACCACAGCCACAGGCGCAGCCGCAGCAACCACAGUCGCAGGAACAGUCGUCCUCGGGUCUGGUGAGCUAUGCACACUGCGACUACUGUGGGGAGGAGCUCUACGCCUCGGCGAGCCACUCCUGCAAGAAGCUCUUUAAGUGCCAGGAAUGCGGCAAAGCUUUCUCCCACAAGAGUGCGCUGUCCAAGCAUGAGUUCACACACACUGGGAUCAAGAACUACCAGUGCCAGGACUGCGGGGAACGCUUCGCCCAGAAGAGUAACCUCAUCCGCCACGGCCUGACGCACUCCACCAACAAGCGGUUCGAGUGCCCGGACUGCGGCGAACGCUUCACGCAGAAAAGCAACCUCAACCGCCACCGCCUGACCCACUCCAGCGUCAAGAACUUCCAGUGCCAGCAGUGUGGGGAAAGGUUCACCCAGAAGAGCAACCUGACGCGGCAUGCCCUCACCCACUCCAGCUUCAAGCGCUACCAGUGCCAGGAGUGCGGCGAGAAGUUCACCCAGAAGAGCAACCUGACGCGGCACGGCCUGACACACACCAGCAUGAAGAGCUUCGAGUGCGACCAGUGCGGGGAACGCUUCACCCAGAAGAGCAACCUGAACAGGCACACACUUACACACUCUAACAUCAAGAACUUUGAGUGCCUGGAGUGCGGCGAGAGGUUUGCACAGAAGAGCAACCUGACCACUCACACGCUGGCCCACGCCGGCGUGAAGAAGUUUGCGUGCGACGUCUGCGGGAAGCAGUUCAGCCUGAAGCACAGCCUGACCAACCACACGCUUAUCCACAGCGGCGCCAAGGACUACCACUGCGAGGUGUGCGAGAAGAGCUUCACCCUCAAGCGCUACCUCAGCCGCCACAUGCAGACGCACACCAAGGUGGAGAAGAAAGACUGAAGGUUGACCAGGCGGGGGGACCCUCCCACCACCGCCCGAGAGAACGUGCCACACGCCGCCAACCCACACACCCCUGCCGUCGCCCAUGCCAGCGUCACAAACUUCCACCCGACGCCGCACGUAAGCUACAACACCCACCACGGCGUCAUGCAGGCCGACGCUGCCACGCAGACUGGCCACGGCAGCUUCCACUUCCUGGAGUAUGGAAGUUUCUAUUACUGAACACUCGGUAGUAACUCACUGCGAAAGGUUGGCCGGGGCCGGGGCCACACCACGGUGGCCGCGGCGGCCACACUGUUGAAGGACACCUCUGGAGGAGAUACAAUUCCUGGACAAAUUUUUAUCAGUAAACUAAAGGUACGGUAACUUAAACUGUGAAAGGUUUGCCGGAAUAACGAUAUCAGUUUGCCAGUCGUGACAGUCACUGCUUUAUGAAACACCUCCGUAGAGGAUUUAAUUUUCAAAGCUGAGGAGUUUUUUUUAUGAGUAACAAGGUGAGAGGUUUGCUGGAAUUAUACCAGGAGUCUGCCAGUCACAGCUGUCAUUCACCAUUAUGUGACGCCUUGGUACAGAGAGCUGUGGCUUGCUGGAGUCUGCACUACUGAAUGAACGGUGGUGGCAGACAGCGAGAGGUUAGCUGCAAGUUUGGCCAAGAUAUAGAACCUUGCUGAGGAAAAUAUUGACACCCAUCAGUCCCAGUCCAGCCUCAUGCUUAUUUGGGCCACAUGAAAGGCCCCUAGGCCAGCGUGAGGAAGUAAACAUCAGUAAUGACCAGAAUUAUGUUAGCCUAUCUGAGGCAACAAAAUAUCUUUAGCCUCUCAGCAGCUAUUCUCAGGAAGGUGAUGGAGCUUAGGGGAUGAGAUGGCUGUCAAGAACAAAGCAUCCUUCCCCAAGUUGAUAAUUCUAAUCUCAGCCGAUCAAUGUUGACCAGGAAGGCAACGGGACUCUGGAAACUAAUGGCAGCCCUUGCUUUAUGCACGGCUUAGGCUCCGGGAGAACUUAGGAAUGACAAAGUACUUAGCGAGGUGAUGCAGUUUACAUAUUCCAAACCAGAUUGAUUCCCACCACCAACACCUCAUUCCUCUUGACAGCAACAAGGGGCGGGGAAGAAAUACGGUCAUUGAUUCUUGGGCGAGGAAAGUUUGUACGUGGAUAAGAGUAGGUGAACAAAGGAGACAUGGAGGGAAUUGCCUGUAAGUGACUAGGAGCAUUUGUAUUGGCAACAGGUGUGCAGAAUGUCAUCUAGUAAGCACACUCAUUAUGAAACUGGCGACAACUACACUGGUGUCAUAUAAUAAGACACAUUACGAGACUUACUGAAUUAUUUUGCAAGCAGAUGCAUUAUGAGACUAACGUGUGCCGUCAUUUUGUAAGCAGACACACACCUAAAGGGCGGGUGACGGGUUUUUCCGGUCUGCCUUUUUCCGCCAUAAUAUUGAAGUUUUCGCUGUGAUUUUUUGGUCAGUGUAACUCCUAGGCUGCCACAUGACUCCUCUGUGCCAUUCUCAGUGUUUCUGUGACUGCAGCAAUGGCAGGAGGAGAGUUUUUUGGAUCUUCCUCACCUCAUUCUGCACCCGAGUAUCCACACCCAGUGACCUCAACUCCCCAUAAGCCUCCCCUUGCCCCCAAAAGAGCUCUAGGUGUGAGCUUAACGUAUGUACGGCUCCAAACAAGGGCUGCUGUGAGCUUAAAGUUACUGCACUUCACCAAGUCACCACUGCAUGAUGUAGAGACUUUGGGUUUGUGGCAGACAGAAGAGGAAGGAUGCAAAAAGGAAAAGCCCAUAAAUUUAAACCUAUGGGUGUAGGCAGAGCCGUGAAAUUGAUAAUGGAAAGUGAGAAAUUUUCGGGAAAAUGUCAGAACAUCCCUCCUGCCGUUUAGGGGUUAAGAGACUAGUGACGAAAACAGUGAGCAGUGCGUUGUAUAACAAACUGAUACAUCACAUGACCGGUGAAGUUCAUAAUAAAUCGACACAUUUAGACAAGUUUCACAUGACGAGACUGGCGUGCGUCACGUCACGUUACGAAGAGACGCACCACGAGACCGGCAAAGACUUCACUGGUGUCCGAGGUGCGGCAAGUCGAGUCAACCUUUCCAACAGUACUACCUCUGUACCUGGCGUGCGUGUCCGUGUGUCCGUUUCUCUCGCCUCCCGCCUGGCCAAUAGCAGUCCCGCGUUGCAUACGUAGCCUGGGGUUCGGACGUCCCCAGCCAAUAUUCCUUAAACUAUACUUGAGCUAUGUUCGUAGGUUUGUACACACUCCUCCGAUCGACCCGCACCCACGCCAGGACGAAAGCCACUCUUGAACGUUUAGCCAAGGUCUGAAAAAUCGUCACUGUCAUCCUGCCGAGGCCUGGAAAUCAAGAGUUGUCAGAGUAAUAAUUUAUGAGCGUUCUAUUCUGUCGGCCCCAGAUCGUCUUUACGCCUCGGCUUGGGUUAGCAUGGAGUUGAUUGGCCUCCCUGGCAUGCGUGCUAAUUGGAGGGGUGUGUGCAAAUAGGUGAACACUCCUUUCAUAAGUCUGACCUCUCUCUCUCUCUCACUUGUUUUCACUUGCUAUUGUAAAUUGUACACUGUAGAUUCCUGGUUUCUGCUGUGCUGCAUCGUGUGUGUAUCAGUUUCUCUCUCUCUCUCUCUCUCUCAGGAUAUCACCCCACAGACACAUGCCCCCCAGCCACAUAAAUAGAGCUAGAUUCUCUCUCUCUCCAUUCAUUCCUUGUUUCAUAUUUGUCUCUUCUCUCAUUUCCUUCACCUUCUCUUUCUUCCUCUAUGUAUCCCCCCCUCUCUCUCUCACUAAAGUCUUAGAGAAGCUCAUACAUCCUUUCCUCUUCUCUUAUCCACCCACACAUUCAUUCUUCCCUCUCUCCUCUAAGACACUCACAUUCAUCUUUCCCUUUUUUCUCCCAUCCACUCACACCCACGCACACAGUUGCUGCACAGCAGAGUGGUGGAGGGUGGCAGUUCCUCGUCGCCGUGGCUGCCAUGUAUAAAACAAUAAGGUUAAGGUGCAAGUGACACCUCUAGGCAAUUAAGUGUCGGUUACGUCUGGAAGUAGUUCAAGAGUCCUUUGCGACAUUUAUCAUCGUUGUCAAGGUGCGUUGGCUACACGGCACUCCAGUUUGCAUUCGAUCUGUGGGAACGAAAAUCCAAGAGUGUCAGCUUGUGUAUCCACCGAGAAAAUGAGAGACUUUCCAAGCUGCUUCCCUGCACUCGUUGGUCCUCGUCUUCAGCUGCUUGCUCAAGACGAAGGACCGACAAGUGUACUGUUCCGGCGCCAACACAGCCGUUGCUUGGAAAGUCUCCCGUCUUGCAGAAAGGAAAAAGUUAAAUAUCACCAGUUUAUAUUUUUGUUUUAUACGAUCGUGACUUUCCAGCCGAGUGCUAACUGGCGUGGACGUGGUCCGAGGAAGGCGAACGCACCUUCACUAACUCUCUUCUACUUUAUCAGUUUCUCGUAUGCAAGUUCUGUGUAUCUGCUUUUACUUUUCAGUUUGUAAGUUCCACCCACAAAUUAUGCAUAUGUAUAACUAAAAGAAUAUACAUAUAUAUUUUCAAAGAAUAUUCCCUCUAGAUUGUACAUUGAUACCUGUAGUGUUUGGUCCUCAGUACAAGUAGCAUUCGUGUCAGCGGAAAGUUGCACUCUGGGAAGACUGAGCUCAAGGUGCGGAAAUGAAAGUUAAUGGCCACGCAGGAGUUGACGCCCUUUGUAAAAUAGUUCAAAUUUGACUUCCACGCCGGCACGUAGAGCGGUUAGUUAGUUAGUCUUGACGUGCGGUGGUCGGUGGUCGCAGGCUCAGUCCUCCUCCGAAUGCCUUCCCCGACACGAGUGCUAAGGAACAGUGUACACCAAGCUGCGUGAGGAAGGAGGUUAUCCUGUAAGCCUGUAGAGUCUAGUGUUAAGAGGCAGCUCCCAGGAACGGUGUGUAGUGAGCGCUGUGGGGGGGAACGUCCCGAGAGAAUGUACGUCUGUGGUGAUGGCCCAAGACUGUUUGCCGAUACGCACACACAUGCACACACCAAUGGCUCUAUUCCAAGCUCUCCCUUACUCUACAGAUGUCAGUAAUUAUAAACCCCUCAAUAAUGGCAACACACACACGCACACCAAUGGCUCUAAUCCAAGCUCUCCCUCACUCUAGAGCCAUAUGACCACGCAGUUGUGGCGCCAAGCAAAGAACGCUCCCUCACUCUAGAGAUGUCAGUUACCCUAAACCAGAAGUUGGCAGCAGUGUAAAUAUGAAUGGAAAUUACGAAACAUUAAAAUUUUCCUCCUCCAUGUGGGGGUUAGAUAAUACACCCACAGACAAGAUAAUCAGUACACUAUAAUAAUAAUAAAUAAAUAAUAAUGUUAUAAUUGCAUCUGUCAUAAAAUAAACUGUUAUAUUUAUGAGCCACUCCUUUAACUUAAUAUGCUGUCAGCAACCUUUUAUUAAUCCCUUAUAGUUUGUUAACAUGACUGAACAAAUAUUACAUACUUUUAAACAACAUGCUAACUUCAGAGAAAACGCAUAGGGAAAGGAGUGUCUGUUUGGUUGUCCUUCUGAUGCCAUUUGAACUAAAAACAGCCAAGGAAGGGAGAGCUUGUAACAUGGGCGUGUGUUUGCUUACUCCUACACAUCAUUUCAACAAGUCGUCCUCCUGCCUGUCUGGAAAAAGAAUACUUGAAGACUGAGCUGAGGGAUAAAAAUAAACUGAUCAUAAAAGCGAGCCGGAUGGAUCGCAAAGAGAGCAAAGGUUAUGAAAGAAGGACUCGUAAAAGCAAAUUAUGUAAAAGGAAUGACUGUCAACCGUAAAGUAGCCAAUGUAAUUUUUAAAGGUUGAGGAUAAGAGGAGGAGGGGAAAGAGCAGGAGGAAGGAAGGAGAGAGUGAAUAUUUGCCAAUCUAAACUUUACACCCUCGCACAGUUUUCAAGA